UGAAAUAGAAAACAUGCAUGUAGUCAAAGAACGGACAUCCUUCCUUUUAUUUGCAUACCUAUCCCAAUUUAUCUCCGUUGCUUCAGUCGCUGAUAUCGUUAUAGAUGCGAACGGAAAGUUCUUCAAUCAGAGCAUUUUCGAAACUUUGGAUAUCAUUGGUAUGAAGCAAUGUGUAAGAGAAUGUCAGAGUAGGGACGACUGUAAAGCGGUCAACUACAAAAGAGACGACCUUCAGUGUCAGCUUCUUUGGACAUCUGCCUCCAACUCUUUGGAGUUGCAAAUUAAUGACAAAUACCAAUAUAUCACCAUGGAAUCUCAGACAACGGUCCUUAAAAAAUGUACCACAUCAUGCAAAGAUAGACGAUGUGUACGCCUCUCAUCCGGACAGGAGUAUUGCGUUGCAAAUACGUGCCCGGUGAGCCACAGAAUGAACAAUGCAUUGAAGUUCUGCUACCAAGCUGUUGAAGACAGGGACAAUUAUGACUUUACGACAGGAAUGGCUCACUGUAGGAACAUUGGUUCUCGACUUGCCGUCCUACCAACGCUAGACUACCACUGGUACUUGUAUGGAGACAUCCAGAACUCUCUGCUACAAAACAACAAAUACAGAGUGGGUGGAUUCUUUAAUGUUACGAUCGGAGAAUGGCAGUGGAUAGACGGGAGCUUGGUGUUUGAUACAAUUGAUAGGACCCUCACUGAUGUAAAUGACGACGAAGGAGAGUUGCUCUGGCACGAGCUAGCUAUUUUUAGAGACUUUGACAUAGGGAGAACCGAACGUUUGCUGUGCGAAAGGAUAAUUUAAUACAUCGACCAAUAAUAUGGUACAACAGAUAUCAAUGUAGAGAGUAGAUGCCAUUGAUGACAAGUUAAAAAAAAAUUGUAUUUCUAUUUUAAAUGUGUGAUUCUAUGUACUGUUUACAUUUUCGCCCUGCAACACUUAAAGCAGUUUUGCCCCCUCUUGAAUUUGCCAAAAGCAAAGUUGCUUUAAAGUAGAUAAUUUGAGACAUUGGAUUUCGCCCAGUCUUCAUUUCCAUGAAUUCGCCUACUACUUACUGGUAACGAGGACAGAAUGGGCGAAAAUAUUUUAGGACAAAUAUUUCCCUGCAUACCUGCAUACAAUAUACUUUUAAAAUCUUUUACAUAUGUGUCUAGUAUUAUUUCAAAGAUAAGUAAGCCUACAAUAUGUCAAUAUUAAAGUUUUCAAUUUACGUGUUUAUAAAUGAUUAACUAUUUAUUCUUGAGAACGUUAUCGUGAAACUAGCCGAUAAAAAUGUUUGUAAAAAAAAUAUAAUUUCGAAUGUAUGAACAUUGUUUGCUUUUUAGAUUGUCCUCUUAACCUGGACAAGUUCGGUAUUGCUGUUAGUUCAUAGUUUGAUUUAUCUCACGUGCAUAUCCGUUCUAAAUACCUAAAAAGGAUACUUAGUAUAGAACCCACUAAGGUUUUGAUUGCAAGCUUCGCACGAUUUUGUAAUGAUAUUAUAUUCUUAAAUGUUAUAUCUUAUUAUAAAAUACCAUGCACCUAUUUUGCUGAUAAAGGCUAUUUUUGAAAUGAUAGAUAUGCUUUAAACUGCAAUGAAACAUAUGACAGUAUAUUCAUUAAAUGCAAUGACAAAGAAUAUUUACUGAUAUUUUUAAGCUGAAUAGACCACGACAACGAGAGGCCAAUAUGUACCUUUGCCUAGCAACCCAUUUAUAAAUGUAUAUGAUAUAUCUCGGGGUACAUAUGUCAACACAUUAACACAUCGUAAUGAAUUGAUCUCAAUGUAUGCAGAAAAUCAAAUCUUUUAUGCAAGGCGAAAAAAAAUCUUCAAAAAGCUAAUAAUAAAUCUAUGAGAUUUUUAGUUACAAAAUUUAUUGUAAUCUAAUUAAACGAUGCACC